CACAAAAGCACCACGGAGGCGAGUCGCCACAAUUCAGCUGGUUGCGAUGUCGCCCAGUAGACUAUAACAACCAUCGCACUUGGUCCGAGAAGCUGCAAGAAUGUACACGUAUGGUUACGUGUUCUAACAUUCACACUAGAAUAGGUGCUGAUACAUCGGAUGGCAGGCACAAAGACUACCUUUAGAAAGGAAAGAGAAGUGGUCCUUGUGGGGAAGGAGAAAAAGCUGGCGCUAUUUUCUGCAACCCAUGCGGGAGCACGGCUCAGCGCCAGCAGGGUGGAGGAGAUGGGGUUAAAAGAGAGAGAGGGUAGGAGGGAGAAAGGUAGACGGUCAUAGAGAUGGAAGCGAAGUAGUGGCCGAUCAGGAAGCCCGAGGUAACGGCCAUCCGUUUUUGUAGAAAUGUCCUAUAGUCUCGCCGAGAGCCCCGACGAGUCGAGGUACUCGACGACACUUAGGAAGGCUGGAAAGGAAAUGUCCGCUAGUCCUUUUAUGCUCAUGCUUUAUCGCAGAUUUUCAAUAAAUAAGUAAAGAAGCGAUUCACCAAGGAUGUUUCCGUGCGUUUUGCUUCUUUGGCCAGGUGGCGCAUUAAGAAAACGCCACAGACUACAAGCAAUCUCUCCGACUCUCUCGUCACGUUAUGCUAGUGAAGUUGUGAAGACAAACAAAUUUUAUUUAUGCUGUUGAAUGGACUAGGAAUGGGCUAGGAGGUACAUAUCAGUGCGACGUGGAAACAAAUGCUUUAGUUGUAGUACGAGGGAGUAAGAAGAAACAGAGCGGGCAUUAAAUUUGAACUGUUUAUUCGUAGAGCAAAGUCACAAAGAUACAACACAUGCACAGACCUGCAGCAGUCACGCUUUAAAAGUCACUGCAUUAUGUCACACAGUUAGAACUUGCUUCCAAAGAAAUAUACAGGGUGUCCCACAUAACUUUAGCCAAGGUCGGCUGCAUCGUGACUCGCGACCAGGAAGCAACAGGGCGUUCUUUAUCCCAUCGGCAGACGCUCGGCCAGCAGCAUGCACUUUCGCCGUAAUCCGACGGGAGCCGACCUUGUUCACCAAACGCACGCUUGAGAGCAGCACGAUGCCACUGCGCAAGCGCUCCGUCACGUGGCUUUUUUCAUAUUUCGCGAGCUUUCUUUGCAAGCCGGAGAAAAGGACUACGUGAGACGUAUCGUAAAGGAGACAACUCGAUUGGUGGUUUCUGAAGGUGCUCUCCAAAUCUGCGUGUCAUACUUGGGGUGCUCAGCCAAUAAUUGAAAAGUUGGGUAUUAAAUUUAAUUCAAGUGAGUUAUGGAAAAAAAAUGUCUGAGUUACUAUAGGCUACUGCGAACCCUAUGCGUUCGGUUAAAUUCACUUCCGACGUGCCUUUCAUUUUUAAAUUCUUGGCUCAAGUUAUGUGGGACAUUCUGUAUAGACGUAUCGCUAAUGCAAUUCAUGCCUCUUCUAUUAAUAUGAAAAGCCUCCAACAAUUGUCGUGUUCAGUCGUCGGUGGUUUUGCCGAGUAUUGUUAUCUCGCGAAGCAGUGGCCCACACUUGUAGGCAAUGCUAGGUGCAAGUAAGUGCGCAUUGUCUUUGUUCUUUAGUGACAGUCCAUGCUCCAACGCUCGGUCGUUGACACAGUGUCCAGUGUGACCUACGUAGGCCUUCCUACACUAUAGUGGUAUAGCACAACCAGCGGAAAGCAACCGCUAGUUUCAUUAUCGAAUGUAGCGCCACCCUCACCGCGGCCGGCUGUUAAACAAAAUAUAAAUGAUAAAAUUGCAUAAACUGCAAUGUUUCAGUUGUGCUAGCUGUUACGGUGUUUUUAUAACCAAUACAAUAUUAAAAUACAGUGACGUUUAUUGCGUGAAGAAAACGAUGGCGCUUUCACUUUCCCUCACAUGAGUUUGUCGGUUUCGUCUGAGAUGACUAUUUACCUUGUGACUAGCCAGCAACGGUGAGACGGCGACGACUGAUGGCUUCUAGCCAAGCUGGCUUAGCCGCUCACGCUUGGUGUGGGCGUUGUUGAGUGUUGUGCCAUGUUGUGCGCAUAUUCCUUGACCUUGGCGACAGUUUUUGCUUUUAAUGGAAGACCGACCACGCAAAACUUCGGAACCAUGCUCUCAUUAGCGGGGUGUCAAGAAAUGACUGAGGCAAACGAGCUGGCAUCAGCUGUCACGAUGGCUAUGUCGGGGAAUCGCAACACUUGUGCGGCUCUGUGGUGUACGCCAAGUUCUUUAGAUCCACCAAAGAUGACAGGUGUCUACGCUUGGCUUGGUGGGCUUCCCUGCUUCUUUGUUAGUUUCGGUGAGCGAAGCUUUGCUGAAGAAAUUUCGGCAUUUCACCGGGAUGUUGACUGCAGCAGCAGAGAUGUGAUGCACGCGCAUGAGAUAGAGACACUUGUGACUUGCUCUAAGGCCCACGCCGACAUGCCCGAAAAGGUUCUAAAUCAUUGGAACGACCAGAUGGCCAUGUUCACAGGAAUGAGCGAUGCCGAAGUGGUUCUCCUUAUCUGCAAGACGUCGCUCGACGCGGGAGAGGCAUUGCCGGAACACAAAACGACUAUAGACAUGAUUACCACGCAGUGUUACGAGAAAGCAACUGGACAGAAGAUUGCCUGAACUCAUAAGCGCCGAAUACGUUUUGCCCUUUCUAGCAAAACGAACAAUUUCACCAAUAAAGCUUGGGGUGUCGAAUGUA